AUGAGCCAAAAGAGAAUGAAUAUGGCUCCAAUAGUUAAAGCUUAGUUACCUAAGAUAAAUUUUACAUAAGCUAAAAGGGAGCAACUUUUAGUUGAUUAACUAUUAUAAACACAAUAACAUUUUCAUGAUUCUAAGUAUCUAAUAAUUUAACUUUAGGGAGUUAAUCAAUAAUAUUAUCAAUGAGAAAAAUAUGGAAGCUGUAAAUUAAUCUUUUUAAGAUUAAUAAAUUAGUUAUUAGGCAAUUAAAUAAAAACUUGAACCAAGCAGAGAAAUCUUUUAAUAAAAGUAAUUAUUUAUAAAUUAAUAAAGAAUUAUUACUAAACCAGUUACUCGAUAAGCAAAAUCAAGUUCUAGGAAUAGAGGUUAAAAUUCUAUGAUAAUUACUUUAAGAGAUGAUUCAAAUUUUUAAUGGAUGAAUGAAUUAAGCAAAAACAAUAUAAAAACAAAUAUACCUAAACCAGCUAGAAAUCCUGUAAAAAUAUAAGAGAAUUUUAGUCGUUUGUCAAAUAGAAAAAAUUUAUCAUUUCAAGAAAAGGUAAAUGAUGAAGAAAUAAAUUUUGAAUUAUAAGGUCUUAAUACUAAUAAAACUUUAAAAAAUUAUUUAACUUGGGAUGAUCCCUAAACUCCAUAAGAGAUUAUAGAAUAAUUUAAGAAUGAUAAAUCCUAUCAUGCUAAAUGCCCAUUUUAUUAAGGAAAUGGAUAUUUAUGGACAGAUGUUUAAAUUUUAGAUUAUGAUGAGUAGCAAUAAAAGUUUAUUGUUAAAAUUCUAAAGAAUGAUUAAAUAAAAGCUGUUACUCGAUUAUCUUUAAUGUUAAAGACAGAAAAUGAGGCAGAUUUUAAUUAAAGACUUUAAUAAUGUAGGAUAUUGUAGAAAUAAGCAGAAGAAGAAUUAAGAUUUUUUAAAUAUGUCACAAACAUACCUGAUUAGCUAGUAACUACAAUUCCUGUUUAAACAAAAAUAAACAUUAAAAAGAAGUUGAAAUUAAAUAAGUUAUAGAAUAUCGAUUUUGAAUAAAUAGAUUUUGAAUAUAAAUUAUUUAUGAAGAAAUUCCUUACACUUUAAAGGAUGAAUUCAAGUGAUUACUUUACAGAUUUUAUUUAGAAUAGAAUAAAAAUUAGAAAUAUGAAUGAUAUAUUAUAAAAGCAUCCAAAGUUAAAGAAUUUAAAAAAGGAUUUUUAAUAAGUUAAAUACUAAAUUUCUUUAUCACCUAUUUUAAAUAAUAAAUAGAUUCUUUAAACAUUUGUAAAAAUGCAAACUAUAAAAGAAUAAUCUUUUGAAUUACUUCCUACUAGUUAUACUUACGGAUAACUUCCAUUUAUUUUAUAAAAUUUAGAAUCAUUUAAUUAAUAAAUGCAUAAUGUAUUAAAACUAAGUAUGUUCAAUAAUUGGAGAAAUUAAGUUAUUCAAGAUGUUUAGGAUAGUCUAAGGACACAUUUUAAUUUUUAUUAAACAGAUGAAAUAGGAUAUUAAAAAUCAUAGUUAUGUUUAAUAUUAAAAAGAAUAGAUCAAUAGUUCAGUUAUUAAAACAUGAAAAAUUUGGUUGAAAUGAAUAUAAAUAAAUGGAUUAAUCAUAUAAAAUCUUUUACAGAAGAAUCUGAAUAUUUAAGUAAGGAAUCUUUUUUAUAAAUCAACAUUGUUUUACAAUAGUUAAUUCGUAAGAAAACAGUUUUACAUAAGUAAUCAACAUUUGGAGAAGAGAGAUACAUGAUAUUUUAACCAACUAGAUAAUAGAUUAUAUCUACAUUAAUAACUCCAAUUUAAUUAAUAAAAGAAACUAUUUAAUAAGUUAAUAAGGUUGAAAAUGAUAUAAUGCCUUUGAUAGAAAUUAAAUAAACAUAAUCUGUUGAUAUGGAAUUAAUAGAAUAUUAAUUUGAAUAGGCAAUAGAAUAAAUUGUUUCAUUUAUUGAUGCAUCUUUUACAAAGCCAAAUUUAAUUUUAGAUUAGUUUAAUUAAUUUUCUUAUUUAUAUACCAAGAGUUAAAGUCAUAUGAUGAAAAGAUUAUUCGGAGAUUCAAAAGAAAAACCUUCAAUAACUUAUAUAGAGCUUGAUAAAAUAAAAGAAAAAUUAUAAUUUUAUUUAUAAACAGUUUAUUAAAUAGAGAGAAUAUGUAUAGAUGAAAAGAAUUUUUAAUUUUUUUAAGUGAAAACUAAAUAAGCAAAGCAAACAUUAAUAUAAAAAUCUUAAGAAAUUAUUAGUGGAAUUUUAAAUAGAUUAAAUGAAGUGUUAACAGAUAAUAUAUAAAGAAUAGGUAAAUUAUAUUAAGAUAUGUGUGAAAAAAUAUUAGAAGAGCCAAAAGAAGAACAUGAGAUGGUUUAAUUAAAGAAUUUUAUAGCAGAAACGGAAGUAAAUUUAGCAAAGUUAGGAAAUGAAGUAAAUAUGUUAUUUUAAACAUUGGAUUUAUUACAUUAUUAUUAAUAUUAAUAUGAUAAUAAAGAAAUAGAAAAUUUAUGGUUAUUAAAAUAAUGGCCAGCAGAAAUAAAAAUAGCAUUAGUUGAGGGUUAGAGAAAUGUUAAUAUAAAGGAGGCAAAAUUUACAGAGAAAUUAGAUUAAGAAAAGGAAUAAUUCAUAAGGGAAUUAUUAGUAUUAGAAAAGUAAGUUGAGGAAAUUAAAUUUUAUGAAGAUUAUUCUUAAGUAAAGAUCUUUGCAUAAAAUGUAAUGGGUUUAAAAGAAAAAAUAAAUAAUUAUUAAGAUAAGGUGAGAUCAUUUAAUGAUAGAGAGAGUUUAUUUAAAUAGCCUUUGAGUGAUUAUGAUGAUUUAAAUAAAAUUAAAUAAGAUUUUGAUCCAUUUUAUAAAAUUUGGGAUUUAGCAAUAGAAUAUGACAUAGAUAAACAAGAAUGGUAUUAAGGUUAAUUUAUAAAGUUAUAAUAUAGUUAAGUUGAAUAAAAAAUGAUAUAAUAUUAUUAAAAAGAAACGAUGAUAUUAAUAAAGUUUUUUUAGGAUAAUUAAAAUAAUUAAGCUAUGAGAUUAUUAAAAGAUUUAAAAAAAGAUUUGGAUAAAUUUAAAGAAAUAAUGUGGUUAAUUGAAUAUUUGAAUUGUGAAGCCAUAUAAAAGAAACCUAAGAUUUGGGAUGAAAUACAUGCUAUAUGUGGUUAUGUUGGAGAUGAUAUUACACUUAAUUAAUUAUUAGAACAUAAUUUCUUAUAAUUUAAAAUAUAGAUUGAAGAUAUAUCGAAAAGAGCUACUUAUUAAUAUGAUAUUGAAAAAAGACUUAAUUUAGUUGUUGAUAAAUGUAAGGAAAUCAAAAUAGAAUUUGUUAUUAAUUCUAAUAUAAUGAAAAUUGAUGAAACAUAAAUAUUAUUAGAUGAAUAAUUGAAUACUGUUCUAUUAUUAAAAUAGAGUCCUUAUGUUGUAAUGGAUAAGGCUGUAACUGUAGAAAGAAAGAUUAUUCUUAUAUAAGAUACAUUGGAAAAUUGGAGAUCUACUUAGAGAGGAUAUAUUUAUUUAUAACCAAUCUUUUAAUCUGAAGAUAUAAGAAAAAAAUUACCAUAAGAAAAAAACAAAUUUGAUUUUAUAGAUAGAUUUUGGAAGUAAUUAAUUGAUAACUUUGUUAAAGAUCCUUUAGUAUGGGAAAAUAUUGAAAAUGAAAGAUAUAAAUAAGAUAGCAAACAUUGUAAUGAUUUAUUAGAUUAUAUUUUAAAAGGAUUAAAUGAUUAUUUAGAAUAAAAAAGAAAAGUAUUUCCAAGAUUCUUUUUUUUAUCUGAUGAUGGAUUAUUAGAAAUCUUAGCUUAAACAAAAGAACCUUUACUUAUUAAUAAACAUAUUUCAAAAUGUUAUGAAGGUAUACAUGAAUUAUAGUUUGAUGAAAAUAAUGAAAAUAUUCAUAACAUUAUUUCACCAGAAAAAAAUGUAAUUAAUCUCUAUAAAUCAUGUAAUGUAAUAGAAAAUGAUAAAAAUGGUAAUGUUGAAAAAUGGUUAUAAGAAACUGAUUAAAUUAUUAUUGAAACAAUGAAAAUAUUAAUGAAAGAAUGUUCAUAAGAUAACGAUAAAAAUUGGUAUAUAAAAUGGCCAUCUUAAUGUAUUUAAACAAUUACAUAAAUUAAAUGGACUUAAUCAAUUGAAUAAGCUUUAAUUUCUUAAAUUUCUUUAGAAAAUGUAUUACAUCAAAUAAAAUAAGAAAUUUAAAUAUUAGUUAAGAUUUUAGAGUAAAAAAAUUUGAAUACAUAUUAAUGUAUUUAAAUAAGUUAAAUAAUAAUACUUUUAGUACAUAAUCGAACUUAAACAGAAAGAUUAUGUAAAUUUGAAUCAUUAAAAGAGACUGAUUUUAAUUGGUUAAUUAAUUUGAGAUUCUAUGAUGAGAAGAUUUUAAGAAUUUCUUUAUUAUCUUGUAAUAUUUAAUAUGGAUUUGAAUAUUAUGGUUUAACAUAAAGAUUAGUGAUUACUCCAUUGACUGAUAGAUGUUACAGAACUUUAAUAAUGGCAUUUUAAAAUCAUUAUGGAGGUGCUCCUGAAGGACCUGCAGGAACUGGUAAGACAGAGACAGUUAAAGAUUUAGCUAAAUGUUUAGGAAUUUAAUGUAUAGUGUUUAAUUGUUCAGAAGGUUUAAAUGUUAUAUCAAUGAGUAAAUUCUUUAAAGGAUUAAUAUGUUGUGGAGCUUGGUGUUGUUUUGAUGAAUUCAAUCGAAUUGAUCUAGAGGUUUUAUCAGUUGUUGCUUAAUAGAUUAUUAUCAUUUAAUAAGGUAUUUAAGAAAAGAAAAAAUUAAUAUACUUUGAAACUGAUGAAUAUACAUUAAAUAAAUCAUGUUAAAUCAAUAUUACAAUGAAUCCAGGAUAUGUAGGCAGAUAUGAAUUACCAGAUAAUCUUAAAAUACUCUUUAGACCUUGUGCUAUGAUUUAACCAGAUUAUUAAUUAAUUGCUGAAAUCUUUUUAUAUUCUAUUGGAUUUCAAUAGGCUAAUUUCUUAUCAAAUAAAAUUAUUAUUGCAUUACAAUUAGCAUAAGAAUAAUUAUCUACUUAAGAUCAUUAUGAUUUUGGAAUGAGAUCUUUAAAGACUGUUUUACAUACUAUUUCUCAACUUAAAAAUGAAGAUGAGUAAACUAAAUGCAUAUAAGCAUUAAUCAAUGUGAAUUUGGGUAAAUUAAUUAACAAAGAUGUUUAACUAUUUUUCUCUAUUAUUUAAGAUUUAUUUCCCAAUAAUAAUAUUGAAUAAACUUAUAAUGAUUCAAGUUUGUUAGAUACUUGUUAAAUUCUAAAACUUGAAUCAAAUGAAAUUUUUAUUAAAAAAUGUGUUUAAAUGGAUUAAUUGAUGAAUGUUAGACAUGGAAUUAUGAUUAUUGGAGAAACAAUGAGUGGGAAAUCUAAAUUGAUUGAUGUUUUAGCACAUAAACAUAAUUAUAUUAUAAAUAAGAUAAAUCCUAAAGCGUUAUAAAUUGAUUAAUUGUUUGGAAAAUUGGAUAGAAACACUAAAUAAUUUUUUGAUGGAGUCAUUCCAAUAAUAUUUCGAUAAUAGAUCAAUCAACUAAUCGUUUUUGAUGGUCCUGUUGAUACAUUAUGGAUUGAGAAUUUAAAUACAGUUUUAGAUGAUAAUAAAAAAUUAUGUUUAAGUUCUGGAGAAAUAAUUAAAUUGUAUGAAAAAACAUUAAUAAUUUUUGAAACCUCAGAUUUAUAAUAAGCAUCUCCUGCAACUGUUAGUAGAUGUGGAAUGUUAUUUAUGGAAUAAUUAGAAUGGAAAAUAAUUUUAGAUAAUCAAAAUUUUAAUGAAACUAUAUAAAAGAAAGCUUUAUGGCUAUUUGAUUGUACUUUAGGCUUUAUGUAAGGAAAUUUUUAUAUUACUUGUACAGAUACUUAAUUAGUUUAAUAAUGUUUGAAAAUGAUGAAAACAUUUAAUUAUCAAAAUGAAGAUUAACAAAUAAAUGUCCUAUUAUUUUGUAUUUUAUGGGUUAUGGGAGGUGUAUGUGAUGAAAAUUAAAGAAAAAAUUUAAAUUAAAUGAUAAUGAAACUUAUCACUGCAUCAAAUGAUGUAAUAUAAUAAUUCUCAAUAAAAAAUAAAUAUUAAUAUGAGCCAUAAGCAUUGCAUUUAAGAUUCAUAGAACCUAUAAAUAAACCUAACUUAUUUGAUUUUUAUUUUGAUAUCAAUAAAAAUUGUUGGCUUUUUUGGAAUGUAGAUCCUUAACAGUCUUAUAUUAAUUAAUAAAAAUCAUUCGAUAAUCUAUUUAUAAAAUGUAUAGAUACUAUAAAAACACAAUUUUGGAUUAAUUAAUGUUUUUAAUAAAAAAUAAAUUUAAUUUUGAUUGGCCAAACAGGAUCUGGAAAAACAAUUUUAAUUUAAUAAACUAGAUAGUAAUAUUAAAAUUAUGCUUAGUUGUAAUUGACAUUCAGUGGAUAAUCUUAAAUUAAUUAUAUAUAAUAAUUAAUAGAAAACAAAGUUAAUUAAAGAAGAUGUAAAGGACAUUUUGGUCCUGAAGAAAAUAAACCAGUUUGUUCAAUUUUUAUAGAUGAUUUAUCUAUGAAUGAAUCACCAAAUGAAUUAAUAAGAUAACAUUUAGAUAUGAAAGGAUGGUAUGAUAUAGAAACAAAAGAAUUGAAACAUUUAGAAGAUACUAUUUAUGUAUGUGCUACUUAAAAAUAAGUAAAUCCAAGAUUUAUGAGACAUUUCUUGUUAUUGUAUGUUCCAUAAUAUUCAAAUGAAUCAUUAAUAAAGAUAUUUAAUUCUUUAAAUUAAUGGAUUUUGAAUUAAUGGGGAUAGAAAUAAUUAGUAAAUAAUGCCAUAAUAAAAAUGAGUAAUCUUAUUGUUAAUAAUACAAUUGAAUUAUUUAAUUUUGUUAAAUAAGAGUAUUUACCAACUCCUUCAAGAUGUCAUUACAUAUUUAAUUUGAAAGAUGUUUGGAAGAUUUUUAAAGGAAUAUAUUAAGGAGAUAUUAGAUUGAUUCAAAAAGAUAGAGAUUUAGUAAAUCUAUGGUAGUAUGAAUGUUAAAGGGUAUUUUCAGAUAGAAUGAUCGAUUUCGAUAAAUUCAAUUAAAAAUUAUUAGAUUUAAUAGUUUAAAAUAUGAAAAAGAAUUAUGAAUUAAAGUAAUUUUAUUAUACUAAUAUUAUUCCUAUUAAUCUUGAAAACUAAAAUAAAUCUAAGAUCUAUUAAAGUGUUGAUAAAUAAGUUUUAUAAGAAUUUCUGCAUUCAAAGCUAAAUGAAUAUUAAAAAAUCAUAUAAGAUAAUAAUAUAGUUUUAUUUGAAUAUGCUAUCAAUCAUAUAAUAAGAAUUAUUAGAGGAUUAGGAUUUGGGAAUAUGCUUUUAAUAGGAUUGACUGGCAGUGGGAGAUAAUCUCUUUCAAAUUUAAGUUCUUAUAUCUUAUAUGAUAAAGAAAUGAAUAAUUAUACUAAUGAUAAAGAUGAAUUACAAUAAAUAUUAAAAUAAGCAGGAUUGGAAUUAAAAAAUACAAUAUUAUAUGCUAAUUGCAAUUAAAUAAAAGAUUAAAAUUUAGAAUAGAUAUGUAAUUUAAUAAAUUUUGGGGAAAUGUAAAAUUUAUAUACAAGUGAAGAUAAAAAUAAAUUGAUUGAAGAUUUAAAUGAAUAUCAUAUAAACUAUUCUUAAUUUGUAAAUUAGACUCAUUAAAAUUUACACUUUAUUCUUAGUAUUAAUCCAAAUGGCGAAUAGUUUAGAAAUCGUAUUCGAUAAUUCCCUACAUUAAUAAACAAUACAAGUUUAGAUUAUUUUACUGAAUGGCCAUAAGAAGCAUUAAUAGAAACUUAAUAAUAAUUUGAUAUUGAUGUCUUAAGUAUAUUUAGUAUAAUAAAAAAGGAGAGUUAAUAAUAUUGUAGAUAAGUUAAAAACUAUUAACCUUAUUUUCAAAUAUAUUAACCAUCUUUUUUAGAAUAUUUAGAACAAUAUAAAUUAUUAUAUUCUUAAAAAUAGAAUGAAACUGAUAAAUUUAUUUAAAGAUAUACAUAUGGAGUAGAUAAAAUAUUAUAAACAGAAUCAGAUGUAACAUUGAUGAAAGCAACUUUAUAAGAAUUACAUCCAAAAUUACAUAAACUAACCUUAGAGAAUUCUCAUUUGUUAAUAAAUUUAUAAAAAAAGCACAAAGAGGCAGAUAUAAAGAAAUAGUAAUGUGAAUAAGAAGAAUAUGAAUGUAAUUAAGAGAAAUAAAAAGCAGAUAAAUUAAGAUAAGAGUGUUAAGAUGAAUUGGAUAAAGUAUUACCAUUAUUAGCAUCAGCAACAUCUGCAUUAGAGAAAAUUACUAAUGAAGAUAUGAUAUAAUUAAAAUCCUUUUAAAAACCUCCAUUAGCUGUUUCAAUUGUAAUGGAAGGAAUGUGUUAUAUUUUUGAUGAAUAGGUUAAAUGGAAAUAAAAAGAACCAGGUUCUUAAGAAAAAGUUUAAGAUUUCUGGGAACAUGCUAAAAAGAAUUUACUUAAUGAUAAAUUAAUAAAGAAAGUAAGAGAUUUUAAAGAGGAAUAAAUAAAAGCUAUUACAUCAAUUAGAAUUUAAAAAAUUAAGGGACUUCAAUUAGAUGAUAAAGUAUUUAAUGCUUCUAAAGCUGCAGGAAAUCUAAGUUUAUGGAUUAGAGCUGUUGUUGAUACUUAUGAAGCUUAUUUAAUUAUAGAUCCAAAACAAAUUCUAUUAAAGAAUGCUAUUCAAUAAUUAAAAAUUACCGAAUUAGAAUUAAAAUAAAAAAAUGAUGCAUUAAAAGAAAUCUUAAGAUUCUUACAUACUCUUUAAAAUGAUUAUAAUUAAGCUAAAUUAGAAAAAGAUUAAUUAUAAUAAGAUGUUAAUAGAUGUUAGAUAUAACUUGAAAGAGCUGAAAAAUUAAUUAAUGGAUUGAUUUAGGAAAAAGAUAGUUGGAAAUAAAAGGCUCAUUAAUAUAAAUCAAAGAAAUAGUUUUUAUAAGGGGAUUGUAUGCUAUCUAGUGCAAUAAUAACAUUCUUUGGGCCAUUUCCUCUUGGAUUCAGAGAUACUAUUUUAGAAUAAUUUAAAGUUUAAUUAUAAAAUAUACCCAUCAGUUAGAAUUUUUCAUUAUUGAAUACACUUUCCAAUCAAAUUACAGUUGGAUAAUGGAUUAAUUAAAUGAAAUUACCAAAUGAUCAAUUAUCUAUUGAUAAUGCUAUUAUUAUUUAAAAUUCUACGAAAUGGAUUUUAUUAAUUGAUCCUUAAAAUUAAGGAUCUUAAUGGUUAUAAAUAUGGAAUCAAAAAUUAAAUUCUUAAUUUAAUUUUGAAAAUUCUAUGUAGAUUGGUCAUCCAGUUUUAUUAGAAGAACCUGAAGAAAAUUAGAUUCCCUUUCCUUAUGGAACAUUUGCUAAAUUAAAUGAUAAAAAAAUUGAAUUGCAUCCAGAUUUUAGGUUAUUUAUAAAAAGUAAAAAUCCAAAAUAUAGUCCAGAAAUUAGUAUACAUUUGAAAUUUAUUAAUUUUGAAGUAACAUAAGAAGGAUUAGAAGAUUUCUUAGUAAAUUAUAUUGUAGGGGUAGAAGAACCUUAAAAAGAAGAAAUAAGGUAAAGAAAUAUUAAAGAUUAUUAUGAUAAUAAAUAAAAAUAAUAAUAAACAGAAGAUUCUAUAUUAAAAUUAUUACAUGGAACAGAUGGUAAUAUUUUAGAAGAUGAAACUUUAAUUCUAACUUUGUAAAAAUCAAAAAAUGAGUAAAUUGAAAUUGAAGAUAAAUUAAAAAAAGCAGAAAAUGACAAAGAAACUUUCUAAAAAAUAUCUAAUCAAUACAAAACUAUUACAAAAAAAAUAUCUAUCAUUUAUCUUGUUAUAAGAGAUUUAUAGAAAUUAGAAUUUGUAUAUAUAUGGUCAUUAGAAAAAUAUAUACAAAUAUUUGAUUAAUCUAUAAAAUCAUUUAAAUCAAUUUCUUAAAAUCAAUAAGUUGAAAAAAAUAAAUAUAUUUUCUAAUAAUUUACAAAAUUACUUUACGCAUAUAUUUGUUAAUCACUAUUAGAGAAGGAUAAACUAACAUUUAUAACUAUGCUUUUCCUUAAAAUCUUAUUAAUAGAAAAUAUUAUAACAUAAGAAGAAAUAAGCUUUUUACUUAAUUUACAUUCUAAUUAUGCUUUAAUUUAAAGUUAAGUUUAAUGUCCAGAAUAUUUUACUUAAUCUUAAUGGAAUUAAUUAAAUGAUUAUGCUUUUUAAUUUAAAAACAAUCAAAUAAUCCAAAAAUUAAAAACUAAUUAUUUUGAAUUUAUAAAUAAUAAUUAUAUUUUAGAACUUAAACCAUUUCAUUUACUUAUAAUAAUAAAGAUAAUUAAACCUUAACAAUUUAUAUUUUAACUUCAAUAAACAAUUGAGUACUAUCUUGAUAAACAUUUUACAAUAAUUCCAUAAUUUAAUAUUGAGCCUUUAAAGAUUUUAUCAAAUACCCCUAUAUUAUUUAUUUUAUCAUCUGGAUCAGAUCCACUUAAUUUUAUUAGAAGAGAAGCAAAAUUUUAGAAAAUUAAAUUAUAAACAUUAUCAUUAGGGUAAGGGUAAAAUUAGAUAGCUGAAAUGAGCAUUAAAAAAGCUAUAGAUGAAAAUUAAUGGAUAAUAAUAUAAAAUUUACAUCUAGCAAAAAGUUUCAUGAGAUUAAUUGAGUAAAUAUCUGAAAAUGAUUUAUAAAAGGUAUAAAAAGAUUCAAAGUUCAGAUUGUUUUUGACAAGUAAUCCAAUAGAUUCUCUUUCUAUUAAAUUAUUGUAAAAAUCUGAAAAAUUUACAUUUGAAUAUCCAUAGGGAUAUAAAAAUAAUUUAUAAAGGAUAUAUUCAUCUAUUGAAGAGAAGUAAUUCAAUGAUAAACCAUUAGAAUAUAAAAGUCAAUUAUAUGGUUUAGCUUAAUUUCAUGCAAUUGUAUUGGGAAGAAGAAAGUAUAGAAAUAUAGGAUGGAAUUAUAAUUACGAUUUUUCUUAAGCAGAUUUAGAGAUAUCUUAAAAGUAACUUUUAGAUUAUGAUAUGGAAGGCUUAAAAUAUUUAAUAAGUGAACUUAAUUAUGGAGGAAGAGUAAUAGAUAAUAAUGAUCGAUUAUUAUUAAAGAUAUUAUUAGAUAAAUAUUUAGUAAUUUAAGAUUCUGAAUAUCCAAUGAUAUUGAGUGAUUAUUUAGAAUAGAUAAAUAAACUUUCUUAUUAAGAUGAUAAUUAAUUAUUCGGUUUACACUUAAAUGCUGAAAUUAAUUAAAAAAUAAAUGAAACAAAUGAUUUAAAUGAGAAGCUAUGCAAUAUCAGUAGUGUAUUAGAUAUAAAUGAUUAAGGAGAAUAACUGCGAUUAUUAAUAUCAUCCAUAUCUUUGAAUACGCUCUAAUGUGAUCAUUUAGAAUAUUAAUAUUCUAAUCCUAUUAAUACAAUUCUUAUAUAAGAAUGUUACAGAUUUAAUAAAUUAAUCAUUCAAAUAAAAAAUGAUUUAGAAUAUAUUUUAAAAUCAUUAGAUGGAUUAGAGGUUAUGAAUUAAGAAAUAGAAUAAAUAUGUUACUAAUUAUUAUAAGGUGUAAUUCCAUUUAAAUGGUUAUAGAAAUCAUAUUUGACAACAAAUAAUUUAAUAAAUUAUAUUUAAAAUUUAUAAGAGAGAAUUAAAUAUUUUUAGAAGUGGUUAGAAAAUGGUAUUCCAGAAUUAAUAAAUAUUUCUUAUUUUUUUUAUCCUCAAACAUUUUUAACAGGUGUAAAAUAAGAUUAUGCUAGAAAGAAUUAAGUUCCUGUUGAUACAUUAAAUUUUGAAUUUAAAAUUUGUAAUCAUAAUUUUGAAGGAUAUUUGAUUGAAGGAUUACUUUUUGAUUAAUGUUAAUGGGAUGAAGAACAAUAAAAUAUUGUUGAACCAAAAAUAAAUUUAUUAUAUUCAUAAGUUCCUCUCAUAUCCAUUAAUCUUACUACUUAGUUAUAAAUAAGUGAAGAUCAUUUAUAAAUUCCUGUAUAUAAUACAAAUAAAAGAAAUAAAAAGAUUAUGGAUAUCUCACUAAAGACUAAUGAACCUCCAGAAUUUUGGAUUAUAAGAGGAAUAGCAAUAAUUUGUUAAAACUGA